CAUAUAAUGGCCCAAUUCCAAAAUCCUCUCCAUUCCAUUCUUCCUUUUCUUCCCGCGAGGGUUUUUGACUUCUGAUUUCUGAAAACCUCCUUCACUUUACUUCCCGAGUUCUUCAGUUUUGAGUUAAACGGAAGAUGGAGUUUGAGAAGAGAAAGGCGGCGACUUUAUCUAUUUUCGGCUCAUCGGAAUCCGACAAAUCGCCGAAGGGUUCAAUAGACGCGCCGAUAAUUCCCCUCCUCGACGCUAUCAACGCCCACCCAUCUUACUACACAACCAGCUCAUGCUCCGGCCGAAUCUCCAUUCUCUCACAGCCGAAACCUUCCGCCGCCACCACCGCCAAGAAAAAGGCGGGUGGUGGGUCAUGGCUGUUUAUCACCCACGAAUCGGCUGACCAAGCAACGGUCAUCUCCCUUCUCUUCCCUCCAGAGCCGAUGCCAAAUCCGCCGCCGUCGCCGUACGAGCUAGUUCUUCGAUUUGAGCCGCUAAUCAUCGCCGUGGAGUGCAAAGACGUUGAUUCGGCGCAGUUCUUGGUUUCUCUGGCGAUAUCAUGUGGAUUCAGGGAGUCUGGGAUUACUAGUGCUAGUAAGAAGAGGGUGAUUGUUGGGAUUCGGUGUUCGAUUCGAAUGGAGGUUCCUUUGGGAGACAGUGACAACGUUUUGGUGUCUAGGAAUUAUGUGAAGUUUUUGAUUGGUGUGGCGAAUCAGAAGAUGGAAGCUAAUUGGAAGAGAACUCAAGGGUUUUUAGCUGCAUUGAAGGAGAAUGGGUUUAUGGGAGGGAAUGUUGAAGCUGAGAAUGGUGAGCUUGGUUUGGUAGAAGAUAAGCAAGAUGGAGCUUCCGAUGAUGUGGAAAGGAUUUCUUCUGAUAGCCGUACUGGGGUUCCGGAUCACAACCUAAAGGUCACCCAGUUCCCAAUUGUUGGAGAAUCUAUGGAGAAGCUUUUCCUUUGGGGUCACACUAGCUGCACAUUGGCUAAUCUUGUCCCUAGUUCUGUUCUGGUGUUUGGUGGUUUUGGCGGGAAGGGAAGACAUGCUAGAAGGAACGACUCAUUGCUUCUUGAUCCUUCGAGUGGAGCAUUGACAACGCUUGACUUUGGGUUUGGACCGUCUCCUCGAUUGGGACACACAGCUUCGGUGGUCGGUGAGUUGGUUUUCAUCGUUGGAGGAAGGACGGAUCCUUUGAACAUUCUGAACGAAGUUUGGGUUCUAGAUAUGCCAGGAAAGCAGUGGAGGCUGAUCGAAUGUAGUGGCAGCAGCUCGUUCCCUCCCAGGCAUCGACAUGCAGCUGCAGUUGUUGGUUCAAACAUAUACGUAUUCGGCGGCCUGAACAAUGACUUGAUCUUGUCAUCGCUCCAUGUCUUCAACACUACAAACCUUCAAUGGGAAGAGGUAGUAGCCAAUGGCGACCAACCAUGUCCACGUCAUUCUCACUCGAUGGUGGCCCAUGCGUCCAACCUAUUUAUGUUCGGAGGACACAAUGGGGACCAAGCCCUCGGAGAUCUCUACAGUCUUGACAUCAAUACCUACACAUGGAGAAAAGAAAAGACGUCCGGAAAAUCUCCAAGUGCAAGAUUCUCUCACUCGAUGUUUGUCUAUAAGAGGUUCAUUGGAAUAAUUGGAGGCUGCCCCGUGAACCAGCAUUUUCAAGACCUGGCAUUGUUGGACCUCGAGACUCAUGCAUGGACUCAUGUGAGACUUGAUUGCAUUGGCAAAGAGUUGCUCGUACGAAGCACGAGCAGCAUUGUAGAAGAUCAACUCUUUAUGAUUGGUGGUGGAGCAGCUUGUUAUGCAUUCGGGACAAAGUUCAGCGAGCCCUUGAAAAUCGACUUGCUUCCACUUUUGGAGAAAAAGCUUGAAUCUGCAAACAGUAAUGAUGUCGAUUGUCAGCGACCGUGGGUGUUGCAGCUUGAGAAGGAGAACGCGAAACAGGGGAAGGACAUACUGAAGAGAUUUGGGUGGUUAGAUAUUAGGAGAAAGGUUUAUUCGUUGGAUGAUGGACUUCACAUUUGUUUCCCAAUAACUGAAGAAUUUUCUGCCAUUUUCUCAGAUGGAGACAGAUCUCAGUUGAAUGAGGUUUCUUGUUCUGCAGCUUUCAGUCUGCUGAAGGAAUUUGGCGGUAGUAAAGUGGAGGACAAGGUUAUCGAGGUCAGAAGGGUUGCGAAAUCUCCAUUGCAGGUAAUGAAGGAAGCUGUAGCAGGAUUAAUUGAGGAGAAAAGCCUGUCUCAAGAACUGCUAGAUGAGCUUCCAAUUAGGUGGGAGCGGCUUGGGGAUAUUGUUGUACUUCCUGUUACCUCCUUCAAAGACCCAGCAUGGGAUUCAAUCGGACAUGAGCUUUGGCCAAUUAUUGCUACAUCACUUAGUGCCCGUCGCCUUGCACGUCAAGGUAGGGUGGCUUCAACUGGAACAAGAGACAGCACAUUGGAGUUGUUGGUGGGACACAAUGGUUGGGUCGAUCAUAGAGAGAACGGAAUCACAUACUCGUUCGAUGCAACAAAGUGCAUGUUCUCUUGGGGUAAUCUUUCUGAAAAGCUGCGUAUGGGUGGAAUGAACUGUGAAAAUGAAGUUGUGGUCGAUUUGUUUGCUGGGAUUGGAUAUUUUGUGUUGCCAUUCCUGCUCAGGGCCAAAGCAAAGCAGGUUUAUGCCUGUGAAUGGAAUCCCAACGCCAUCGAGGCACUCAAAAGGAAUCUCGAGCUUAACUCUGUCUCCAAUCGAUGUGUUGUCCUCGAAGGAGAUAAUCGGCUUACAGCACCCAAAGAAGUAGCUGAUCGAGUUUGCCUUGGUCUCAUUCCAACAAGUGAAGGCAGCUGGCUGACUGCAAUCAAUGCAUUGAAGAGGGAAGGGGGCGUUUUGCACGUUCAUGGGAACGUUAAGGACUCGGAAGAGGCAGCAUGGACCCAACACGUCGUGACAUCGUUGGAGAACAUGGCGAGAUCAGAAGGUCGGGUUUGGGAAGUGGUAGCAGAACACGUAGAGAGGGUAAAAUGGUAUGCUCCUCAUAUUCGCCAUGUUGUGGUAGACGUCAGGUGCCGACCUAUUCCUGGAUAGAGGCAGAGCCAUUCCUCUUGUUCCUGGUUUGGUUUGUCGGGAAGAACUCCUUGUGGGUCGGGCUGCAGGGAGAGAUUUUUUUCCGUACCGGGCUGAUUGCUCGGUCGGAGUUCUGGGCCUAACAUGGCCCAAUUCGGGGUUUUGGUUUUUGAGUGCUGGUUUAUGGCUUAAUGGUACUAACUAAUCCACCAAUUCUUGGUUAGUAAUUAGCCGAAGUGGCUCAAUCAAUGGCUUUGGAUAUUGUUGUGCCCUUGUUUAUCACCAAUCUGUGAAUUGUUGUGCUAAGUUCAACUGUAUUAGUGAAUAGUGAAUGAUGAUCUAUCUUGGUUCUUCAUGAUGAUGACCUUGACGU